ACGUACGGUGUCCUCCGGUGCACCAGCUCCGACGACAUUACGUCGGUGGCUUGUGAAACACGAGUUUUAUUCCGUUACCUAUUUGAAAAACAAAGUAAACACACGUGAUUAUAAUUCACUGGGGAGAAAAGAAAAAAAUUUAUAUUUGGAAAAUAAUAAGCAGCGUUUAUCAGUUUGCCAACAACUCCAGAACAAUAAUCAUUGAAAAUAUUUGAUAUGUUAAUAGAUCGAUGGUUAUAAUCAUGGUUUACAAUUGGCAAGGCUGAAAAUCAUGGUGGAUAUUAUUUGAGCAGAAUGUACGUUUGUUCCUGGUGAUCCCUGGUGCAAGAGUGAACAGUAAUUAAUUGAAGAAAUAAUAUUUUGCAUAGAAGGGAUACACCGCUUGUUGGAUGGAUACAUAGAAGGGAUACAGAUGGAAAAAUCCGGAUCCACUGAAAAAUUGCGAAUAUUUCAUUCUCCUGUCAAAGAUAUCUUUACGUAGGCAAAUGCGUGUGCGAGUGUUUAAAAAGCAAACCUAUAUUUUCUGGUGUGAAAAAUAACGAAAGAAAUAUAGUCAUGCUCUGGUUCAUAACUAUUAAUAGUUUAACGCAAAAUUUUAACGCGUAAAUUUAUCGCGAGUGCAACAAAUCAUUUUGUGCUUCAAUUAGUCCGGAGAAGAAAUUGUAUUAUACUAGAGAAAAUGAAUGGAGAAGGAGUUAUGAACACGCAGGAUAGCUGUUACGGCGGCGCGAGCAUUGCGGGGGCUGUGAUUGGCACUUUUCUCACCACGGUUUUUCUUCUUCUCGUUGCAGCUAUAGUUUACAGACAAUGGCGUCGUCAUAAGGGGAAACACCUCGUUCUGGUGACCAAUCCCGAGAUCGUCGAAGAUGCUUACGCCUUCGACAAUCCAUGCUUCAAAGAUGCAACUCCGGCUGUAAACAGGAACCACGAUGGUCGACCGUUGUCUACUGCAAGUCUUGUGGUCGAAACGAUUCCGAACAACAAAGACUCAGCCCGGUGGUCCAGUCCAUGGUCUUCCUUGGUCUUUACCGGGGCUUCGGCCAACAAGAAUGACCGGAGACGAACUCUCGAUGAUUCGUGCCUCGGAUCGAAAGCGACGAGGGUGAGCAUGGUGAGCCUCAGGAGUCGCGAUUUCACCGGCCUCGGCUUCAACGUAUGUGGAAAUAUGAGAGAAGGGAUAUUCGUCAAAGAUCUGCUCCAUCGUGGUCCAGCCUCGGAAUCCGGUCGAAUUCAUCCUGGCGAUCGAAUAGCAAGCGUGAAAAUAAGUUUCAGAAGCAUGGUUUAUGAGGAUGCACUAACGAUAUUGAGUUAUGCGUCACCAUACGACGUGGAGUUGGAGGUUGAGAGCGGUGGAAACUCAACGGGUUCGCGUCCGACAACUUUGCUGAAGAAGACGGUGGGUCCGAGUCCGUCGCGGAUCUGUCAUCCGCUUUACCGAAGUCAAUCGAUUCCGGAGCUGUCACAAGCGCACAAAACUUCCUCGAAACGUCUUUUCAUAGCGGAUCCAAACGAAUCCUUCGGUUCGAAUUAUUCGACGAUGAAUUCAACGAUGAAGUCGUCCAAAUCGACACCCGGCAGUCAGACGCUCGAGCGCCAUCACGAAGAGACAAAAAUACAGAACAAUCAUCACCACAAAUUCGGGAUAAAAGUAUUGCCAGCGUUGGAUGGGACGGUACACAGGAUCGAGAAUCAAAACGAGCACAACACGAAUCUUGAAAGAAGAAAUUCACGUAAAUUAGGCAUAGAGAAUGAGGCAGUUGAUGAUACGGACGCGAACAUUAGAAAACAAGGGGCAAAUUCUAAGAGAAUAAACCAUUUCGACAACCUUAUCACUGAACGUUAUCAAAAAAGGGAAAAUUCGCGUCAAAAUGAAGUUCCAACUACGAGAAUAUCGAUCACCGAUGAAGCAACGCAUGAUUACGAUACAAGUGAGAAAAUUUCAACGAAAGAAACAUCUUUUUCCGCAUCUGGUACAGUACAAUCUUCGGGAGUAAUGGAGACGAUUGACAUCCCAACAGAAGUACCAACCGAAGUGCACAAUGCGGCUAUGGCAGCGAGAAGGAAUCGUAAAAACAGCCUAGAGAUGUUGUUGAAUGCUUCGAAAACAAUGAGCGCUGAUCAUGAUUCCGAGUCCAGCGAUUCAAAGAGCCCGCAUAAGAAUAAGAGGAAAGCACCGGCACCACCGACUGUCAUAACUAUCGACAACGGAAUCAAGAGCAUCCUUUCUGAUAAGAGAAAUAACCCAGCAGUAUCGUCGAAAAAAAUCGAGCGUGAGAAUCCGGAUGACAGUAUCGAAAGUAUAACGGAUUAUGCUGAAUCGCUCAACGAUUAUGUAGGUAAAGUUCGUGAUGGAUCCGUCGGAAAAGAAUCGUUAGUGCGAAGUCAAGUGCUGGAGGAUAACACUUCUAAAAGGCACAAAACCGAGACAGAUUCUGACAACGACAGCGAAAUCCACGAUAGUUUUACAACGAUCGAACUCAAACCUGCCGAUAUUACGGUCCAUCACACCCCAUUGCCUUGCGGUCAAGGUCAACUUAACGGGGAUGAGGUCGACGACGACGAUGUUUACCGGAAAGCCGCGAGUCUCGGUGAUCUCUCAAAGUAUGAGAACAAAAGUUUGGCGACGUUAGAACGAGCGCAAAGUCUUGAUAUGGCUGACACGGGCUCAAAGAAACGAAAACUUGUCACACCCGAUGAUAUUCACGAGUCAACGGAAGACUUGACGAAAAUUGAAGACAUGGACACUUUCGAUCGGCGAAAAUUGAAGAAGUCGAACGAGUGGGGAACGCUCGAGGACGCUAUUUGGACAAACCCCGAAAUUGAUAGUACCGAGCCGAAAACGCGAACUUGUAAACGUAGUAAUGGCACAUUGGAACGUUCGAAAUCUGCUGUCGAGAUGAAAUUGAAGAAUGAGGAGAGUAGGAAGAAAACCACCGAUUCUCCCGGCCAACUAGUGCCUAUUGAAAUGGCGGAUGACACAAGCAUUGAAUUGUAUAAUUUGCCGGUGAGCAUCGUGGUCACUAAGGAAUUCGUGCGUACCGAAAGAAUGUUUAAUCCCGAUGAGGACAAUUCACUGGCACUGAUCGUCAACAAUGGUAAAGUGGUCAAAAGUUCAACUCCUGAGGAGAUCGACUCGGAUUUUAGGAGAAAAACACCAGUCAUUUCGGAUGACGAUGACGAAUUAGAAAUCGAAGAGAUUGCUGCAAAGAGCGAAUUGUCCGGCUUAGCGGUAAAUCCUGCUCGCGACGAUGAGUUCGGCGCAGCAUUACGUUACUUCGAUCGUAAAAUCGGUGGAUCUUCUAUGAACGACGAAAAUCUCAAUGUUAAGAACAAAAAGGACGAUGAUCGGAUGAGCAUUGACGGCAACGACGGUACUGAGAAUUUUCUGUAUGCAGGGAAGAAAGAAGUUGAGGAAAAACCCAUGAGAAGAGUGACUGUCACUACCGGAUGUCCUGGCUGCGACCGUAAACAUUCCCAUCACAAUAAAAACUGUUCAAGUGAGAGACCCCAGGCCGCCAGCAACGGCAACACUCUCAAUAUUGGUGACAAACUAGAUUGGCAGCCACAGGAAGUGAGUAAAUUACCGGAAAGUCCGACCGAAGAUGAUAAAUCGAUGUCCCUUUUUAAAAUUGGUAUCUCGAAGUCUGAAAAAAAUCCUGGUGACAUCAGAUCAAAAUCUGUCUCUCCGAUCGAAUUGAGAAUUAAAAAGAAAUUGUUGAGGGAACGAGAAAUCGAGUUUGACGAUGAUAUGGAAACGAGACAAGACAAAAAGAAUGAGCCGACCAAGGAAUUAAGAGAUCUGGUGGCAGAUGAGGAUGAGGAAGGCUAUGAUUUUGGCUCAAAUAUCACGGUAAACAGCAAGAUCAUUUCGUCGCCGAUUCUCAAUCGCCAUAACGUCAGCAACGUGAGUGUUUCAAGCGGUGAAAACAGUGAGGACAGCGGUCUCGUGGGGGAAUCUUGUGAUUAUGGACGUCAGGAUCACGAAUUGAAACCACCAUUGCCCAACACACCUAUACCCAGCUCUACAUCCCAACAAAAACUCACUUAUAUUACUGAAAUUAAUUUAUCUACGAACAGGGGAAAUGCCCCGAAUACUCAGCAGGAUCUGGCUGACAAUUCGAUCAAGAGAGAAUACGUCAAACCAGCCAGAAACGAGGCAAGUUUAACCUCUAACGGAAAAGCAACUGGCGGCAAAAAACCUCCCGUACCACCGCGAAGAAACGAUGCUUCCAAAAUGCAGCUCAAGGACUGUGGGAGCACCGACAAACAAGUUGUUUAUGUCUCCGAAUAUAAGGCCGCUACAGGUAAAGACAAAAGCGAAAAUACCAGCAAAAAAUCAGUCUUCCACGAAACCGAAACCCCCAAAAAAGAGGACAGCAAAAAAUUUGAAAAUUGGUAUAAUCUCGGUGAGAAUAAAUAACAAAAUCCAUGAGAUAACGGUUGCAGUCAACAACAACCGAUUACAAACAUCGUUGUUUCCUCCGUGAACGAAAAAAAGAUUCUAGAUCAGUGAAGUGAGGCUCGAAACAGUGAAAAUCCACGGAAUCAUUUAUUUCUCAUCCAGAAAACUUGAAGGUUAAACGGUGGGAAAGAGGGAAAGAAUGCUUUGCUUCUUUCAGGCUUGCUUCAGGCAGGCGGCGAUAAAAUCCCAAAAAAUUGAAACCGUAUUUGUCUGUUAUCGAACGAAAAUCAAAUUCCCCAUUAGAUUAAACAAAAACUAUUCAAGUUACUUUUCGCUCUGCGAAAAACAUGAAACGAGAGAAUGACGAGAGAUUCAUUGUCAGGAUGUGCCAUAAGGACUAACUUUCUCGGUGAUGGUAAUGUGGCAAUUAUUUUUAUGACGCUUGAUCUCCUUGAUGGAUUGAAGGAGACAAGAUUGAAUGAAAAAAUGAGGGCUAAUUUUUAGCGAGUACGUAACUAUUGAAGCUAGGAAAAGAGGUAUCCAGUAUUCGCAAAAAGGUGUGAAAUGUUGGCGUUUCUUGAAUACCAGCCAGUUGAAAGCUUCUAAAAUCAAUAUAUCCACAUUUAUGUACAUGGCUACAAAAAACUACGAUGUCCAAUACCACUCAUGGUGAAAAUUAGAUGUUAAAUUAAAUUAAAUAUUGGAAUUUGCGAGAGGGAGGGAAAGGAAUAUAUCGUAAACUGUUGGAUGAAGGUUCAGAGGGUCAGAAGCAGUAUAUACAUGCUCGAGUAGCAAAUAAAUAUCGAGUUAGCGCGUUUUAUAACACUUGUAACAUACCGGUCACUAGUUAUAACAAUUAAUUUGCCCCAAUCAAUUAUACCGCAGAACUCACAGUAUUUUUGGUUUCUCUCAUUGUUAACUCCCACUAUUAUUUCCUCAUCGAGAUACGAAGACUUUUUAGGAGAGCAGCAUAAUAUAUUUGGCAAAUCAUUUCGACUCACACGGCAUUCAAUAAUGUUAUCACGCGGAUGUCUCGAGGAUGAAAUCAAAUAUCGUCGAUUCCACUUUGCUAAAGCAUUAUAAUGCUAAAUAGCAAAUGCCAUAUUCAUACGACGUCGUUUUUUUGCGGUUUUUGGUGAUAAACAAAGUACUUUGUUUGACCACUCAACGAAAUGGCAUGCUUUUGUUUUGCUCAUGAGUCUCAAAACCAUUAAAAAAAAACCACUAUCGAGAAUGCUUCUUUCAAAAAACAAUUAAAACUUUAUCGAUUUGUGUAUAAAAAGCAAACUCCUGAUACACACAUUCGUACGUAUAGGCUGUAAAUUUUAAUACUUUUCGCAAUCGAUCCAAUUGUAAUAAUCUUCGAUUGUUUUUUUCGUUUGUUUUCGCUAAGUAAGAUAUGUACAUUGAUAUGACAAACAUCGUUCUUAAGCCUAUUUGGUGCCGCAAAUAUAUAUUUUUAUAAUGGUAUUUCUAACAUUAUAUAUAUACAACAGAUACAUAUAUAUUAGGGUGGUCCUAGUUUGAGGUUGAAAUUUUUUUUUUCAAAUUCCCCUCCUGGUUCGACUCCAAAACACUAAAAAAUAAAUAGAAAUGUCGCCGGCAAGUCCGAAUCGAUUUUACAAAAAGGCAUUUUAUAUUAAAGUGAUGUUUUUCUGCUGGAGCCAGUCACGUAUUAUUUUAUUCCAAUCCUUCUUCCUUUUAUAAACUCUGCGUGUUUUUCUAUUAUAGUCUCUGCGGCAUAGAAUCCAACUUUCAUACUUCCCUGAGAAAGCCCACGCCGUUCCGAAUAUUGUGCCUCCUCUCACAGCAUCCAGUUAACACGAUAUUUUUCCUGAUAUUUUAAAAAACUUGUGGCUACAAAUAACUAUUCUUGUUGUCCUUUCAAAUGAAGGGAUAAAAGUCUUGCAAAAACAUAGUUUUUCAAAAUUUUGUCGAAUUCAAAUUCUCUAUUUCAAAGUCUGAUAUUUUACAGCAGAAGAUGUUGAAAUUUGAGAAUUUUCCAGUUUCUCCAUUUGUUAUAAAAAUUAAUAAAAUAUUUUGACUUAAUUCUGAUGGAAAAUAAAUAUAGGCUAAUGCACACAAAAUUGCAAAAAUUUUGAGUUCUAAACUGUUUGCUUACAUACAAACUAUUUGAAUUUGUACAGGAUGGCAAUUUCGUACAAUAGAUCUACUUCGAUCUUGACAUUUUUAUUUUUUUUUUUAUAUCCGCCAAAAUUACGAUACCGAUUUUGGAACCUUGAUGAGAAUUAUUUGCGAUUCCGUAUUCAUUAAUCUACAUUUUUUUCCAGCAGAAUUGGAUCAAAAUAUUUUACUAAUUUUUGUAACAAAUGGUGAAUCUAGGAAAUUCUUAAAUUUUAUCGUCUUCUAUAGUGAAAUAUCAGACUUUGAGUAGAAGAAUUUGAAUUCGGCAAAACACAACUUUAUUUAGCAUGUUAACAUUUUUGUAUGAUGCCCUAUUCAGGUUUCGUGUAUAAAAAUAUAUAUCCAUGAAUAAUACAGGAAAAUUGAAAUCAAUCGCUUGAGAAAACGUAAAAAUGUUUGUUAUAACAUGAAACUUUGAAAAACGAUGUUGAGGUUAAUGUAUUUUUGCAAAGUACAUUCGGCCCUUCUUUUGGAAGUACGAUAAAAAUUGCCAUUUGUAACCACCACACGUUCUUUAAUCUUAUGAUUUAUAGCUAAAUAUGGAGAAAAAAAAGAAAUACAUUAUGCGAGGCAGUCUGUUAAUCUUUUUUGACGGUGUCAAAAUUUUAUAUGAAAAUUUUCUGCUAUAGAAGCAAAAAUAAAAAAUUUCGCUUCGCAAUUUUUGCGGAAAAACAGAAAAAUAUCGAAAAAUGGCUUGAGCACUAUCUAAAUUUUUCUUUUUAUUCUGAAAUUUGGAAAAAUUACUUUUUUUUGGUGUACUAACGAUUUUCGUUAAAAUUCCGAGAAAAAAAUAUCGAUUUCUGUGCAUCACCCUAAUACUAUAUAUAUGCGCAGAUACAUUACUUUUCUACCGCAGCCUGCGCACUUGAGUUAGCGAUUUUGCUGCCGAUUUUUUCUCAAAAAGUAGGUUAUCAAUAUAAAACAAGACGAUCCCCUAAAUUUGAAGUCCAUUCGUGAAAUUUUGACAGCUGUAGAAUUUUUUUGAAAUUCUUAAAAAGUCAUUAUUUUAGCCAUUUUCGUGAUUUUUUUCAUGCGAACUCUAUAAGGUUUAAAGACUCGUAUAAAACGGCAUUUUUCUGCUUGAACCUUCUACUUUUGAGAAAAAAAUAUUUUUUCACUCCAAACGAAAAUCCGCUUGAAAUAGCACUCUUAUCUUAAAUUACUAUUUUCACGAAAUUUCCCACAUUUUUGAAACGAAGCCGUAGCGGUAAUUUUUCAUGUAAACGGCUUUAAUAAGCUCUAAUUUUUCAUCUGAGGAUAUUCUCUAUAACUGCAUACACGAAUAUUUAUAUAUUACCGCGUUUCUUUUUAUAGUAACGUCAAUUUUUUAGUAACGAGAUUCUUUAUUGUUGUUAAAUUUUUACACGACUUCUUCAAUACUUCACACAAAAACAUACCACAUUUCCAGAAUUUGAUCAUAUUUUGCGUUUCGGGAAUCAGCAUACAAGUAUUCAUAUUCAUUUCCAUGGUGUGUAAUUGCACACGCACACCUACGUUUUUUAAUGUUUUUAUUUUGAAUUGAUACGAAAUUAGAGUUAACUAUUACGUAAAAUUAAAAAAGUCGUUGAUGAUGCCGUAAACGUGAAAAAAAUUAAGGGAAACUGGAAAAUUUUAAAAAUCCACAGCUCACUAACCAGCUAAAACCCAUUCUAAAAAUUUCCAGUGUUGCUUGGGUAUAGAAUGAGAUACAUUCCCUGAAAAAUUCUCGAGCCAUUCCAUUAAGGUCGAAAAAAUUCGCAGUUGUUUGAAAACGUCGAUUAUUCAGAAAUCAAGUAGCUUCGCGAGGCUGUGUAUAAAAAGGAACGCGGUAACAUACAAAUAUUCAUGUAUGCAGUUCUAGAGAAUAUCCUUAGAUGAAAAAUUAGAGCUUAUUUAAGCUGUUCACGUGAAAAAUUACCGCUCCGGCCGCGUUUCAAAAAUGUGGGAAAUUUCGUGAAAAUAGUAAUUUAAGAUAAGGGUGCUAUUUCAACCGUAUUUUCGUUUGGAGUGAAAAAAUAUUUUUUUCUCAAAAGUAGAAGGUUUAAGAAAAAAUGCCGCUUGAUACAAGUCUUUAAAUCUCAUAGAGUUCGCAUAAAAAAAUCAUGGAAAUGCCUAAAAUAAUGACUUUUUAAGAAUUUCAAAAAAAUUCUAUAGCGGUCAAAAUUUCAUGAAUGGACUUCAAAUUUGGAGGAUCGUCUUUUAUUUUAUAACCUAAUUUUUGGAAAAAAUCGGCAGCCAAAUCGCUGACCCAAGCGCGCAGACUGCGGUCGAAGAGUAAUGGAUCAUCUGCCCAUAUCACGAGACUCUGUAGAAUCUCGGGACAAGUACAUUGACAACCCUGUCGUCUAGUGGCCCGAGCUCGCUGAGACUACUUUCUCUGAAUAAAACGAUUUGCGGUGGUGGGAGUUAUUUAUAAAUAACUUCCCAAUAUUGUUUGUAAAUGUAUUCCGUGUAACGUGCUCAAUUAUUUAAGGAGAGUAAUGCUUUUUUAAGUGGAAGAAUCAGUUAAUAACAAAUUUAAGUAGUGCCUCGAUCGCUGGUCUCGUUCAGGUGGAAGUUUUGAGUCGAAAUUGAUGUUGUAAAAAGAUAUUGAUUGAUAUUAUUGAACGAAAUUGUGGCUCAAUUAAAUUUUUCUCAUCAAAUUUUACAAAAUUUGUAUAUAAACUUGUCUGAUGAUAAUUGUACCGCCAAGGGAAUUCCGGAGCCGUAACAAUUUGAGGAGAACAUCCCAAAGAAAUUCGAAAUCCAAUAUAAUUGUUAGUAUUUUCAUGUCAGGUCGGACGGUGGAAAGAAUGAUAGGUAUCGACGACGAUUGAAAUGGAAUAGUUUUUUCACAAACACAUGUCGUUUACAGGAACGUGAAAAAAACUCUCAUAUAUUUUAUGGUAUUAUGGUAUUAAACGAUACGAAUAAUUCGUUCUGCAAACGGACUCGAAUAAUAGCAGAUUGGAAAAUUAAUAAAAUUAAUUAUAUUUAACACUUGUUUUUUACUCUUUUGUAUCCAAAUAAUCAGAGAUAUUAUAAGAUGUACAUUUUAUUUUUUAGAAUAAUCAUUUAAAACUAUUAUAAUAGACAAUUGAUUAUGUAUAUUUGAAAUAAAAAUUAUUGUUUAUUGUA